UUGACACUGACAGUGACAACCGGCCAUGGACGAAUCUACGUCCAUUCUCCGUGCUGAAACAUCCUCUCAGCUCUCCAGCACCGAAGACCUCCUCCAAAAUGUAGUCCUCAUGGCUGAAAUCGGCAUCGACCUAAAAGAACGUUGCAACAUCGCCGAAAAAUAUGUAGCGCAUCUAAAACUCCUCUUUUCUCAAGCCGCGCGAACCAUCGAAGGACUCCAGACCACCUCGAAAUGCGCACUACAACAAGCCAAAAAACUCCUAAACGGAACCACACCGCUCGCCGGAAGCUCCGGCGUCAGAACCGACUACGAAAAAUUACUUGCAGUGAUCGAUAAACAACUGAACGACUUCGACGACUUGAAACACAUAGAACUGGAAAACGACAGCAUCCGUUUGUCCGAUCUCACCGAGAAAAUCAAGUUAUUAGAAAACCGACAGAAACUGUCCGACAACAAUCUGCCACCAUCUGGAAGCAACAAAAGCCUUAAGUGCGACGUCGACGAGAAAUAUCCAGAAAACUGGUCAAGAGAUUCAACUAUCGAUUUAAACAACGUCAUGAAUUUGCCGCCGGUUCCUGAAGAUGUUUUCAGUAGUUUUAGUUCGGGGCAGAAGCCGAAAAGGUCGUCGAGUUUGAGCUCGUUGAAAAGCAUGAGGAAGGUGAAGUUGUUCUUACAGAGGGCCGAAACGUCGGAUGAGGAGGACAUCAGCUCGGAUAAUGAGGAUCACGAACUAGGACAAAAGGGCGACAGCGACGACGGGAGCUCCUCCAAGAAAUACCUGGGCAACAUAAAAGAAGAAACUCAAGAUCAACACAUCUCAUAAUUUAUUGAG